AUGAGAAUCCACACAGGAGAGAAACCAUUUAGCUGCUCUGAGUGUGGGAAAAGAUUUGGCACCAGUGGACAUCUGAAGAGACACAUGAGAUCUCAUACAGCCGAGAAACUGUUUAGCUGCUCAGUCUGUAAGAAAGCUUUUAUAAAGAGUGGACAUUUACAGAACCACAUGAGAAUCCACACAGGAGAGAGACCGUUCAGCUGCUCGAUCUGUACGAAAGCUUUUACAGAGAGUGGAAGUUUAAGUAGACACAUGCGAAUCCAUACGGGAGAGAAACCGUUUAGCUGCUCCGUCUGUAAGAAAGCUUUUAGAGAUAGUGGACAGCUGAAGAAACACCUGAGAACCCACACAGGAGAGAAGCCAUUUAGCUGCUCCUUCUGUAAGAAAGCAUUUGCAGACAAUGGCCAUUUACAGAAACACACGAGAAUCCACACAGGAGAGAAACCAUUCAGCUGCUCAGUCUGUAAUAAAGCGUUUACAGUGAGUGGACAUUUAAAGGCACACAUGAGAAUCCACACAGGAGAGAAACCAUUUAGCUGCUCUGUGUGUAAAAAAGCUUUUACAGAGAGUGGACACUUAAAGGUACACAUGAGAACCCACACAGGGGAGAAACCAUUUAUCUGCUCUUUCUGUAGCAAAGCUUUUAGUAAAAGUGGACAUUUAAGGGAACACUUGAGAAGCCACACAGGGGAGAAACCAUAUAGCUGUUCUUUCUGUAGCAAAGCUUUUAGUAAAAAUGGAAAUUUACAGACACACGUGAGUAUCCACACAGGAGAGAACAUGUGUGGAGUGGAGCUCCAGUCUGAAACAAGAGCAGAGAACCUUAGUCAGGUUUAAAAAAAAUCGAAAAUGAAUAAGUCUCAUAAGGGUAUGCAAGAUGUAAUACUCUCAUGGAAAACUCUUGAGUACAAUAGAUAACUUGUAAGGCUUUAUAAUGUCUAGAUUAAGAUUUUGACAGGCAUACGUGAAACUCCAUUGUAUAAAGGCAACAACUGCUUUUGGUCGUGGCUCUUGGCUUUUCCUUCACUUCAGAAAAAGCAACAACUCUCCUGCAACU